AUGAUCUAUGGUGACUCCAACUUGGUUGUGCAGCAAACAAUGAUGACCUGUGAUGCAGUAUCAGACACCAUGAUCGCCUACCGUGAUAUGUACAACACAUUGGAGGGUACGUAUGACGGUUGCGAGCUCGCGCAUGUCAGCCGAGCCAGUAAUGAAGAGGCUGAUCAUUUGGCCAACCUGGGAUCCACACGGGCAGCAGUUCCGCCUGGCGUUUUUCUGGAGAUCAUCCAUCAACGAAGCAUCAAAGAGAACAACGUGACAAUUUCAGUCAAAAAGUCACCCAACUCAGAUCCCACAGCCGAUUCAGCAGUUUUACCUGACAACCCCGCAAAUGAGCAAGCAGCAGCUGGCGCAGUUGAAGUCCUGGCAAUUGAACCAACAUGGAUGAAGCCUUUACUCGCAUACAUGCUCGAGCAGGAGUUGCCAGAGGAUACAACCGAAGCUAGAAGGGUUAUGCGGCGAUCGAAAGCUUUCACAGUAAUAAACGGCAAGUUGUACAAGCGCAGUGUCUUCGGUAUUUUUCAGAGAUGUAUCUCACUAGAAGAAGGACAUGAUAUCCUCCUAGAUAUCCAUCAGGGCACGUGUGGGCACCACGCUGGAAGCAAGACAAUCGUCGCCAAAGCCUUCAGAGCUGGAUUCUACUGGCCCACGGCCCUACUCGAUGCCCAGGCUAUCGUCAGCAAAUGCGAGACAUGUCAGAUGUUCGCCACGAAGCCGCAUGCCCCAGCAUCCGAACUCAAGACAACUCCCAUCGCCUAG